AUGGCGGAGGUGGCACAAACUAUCAGCAUCGUUCCACCCAGGGAGAUCCUCAUCCGGAAGUUUCAUGGGGACAGCCACGGCUAUGAGGUGGAACGAUUCAUUGACGAGGUCCAGUCUCUCUGGAGGGCCAGAAGAGACGUCUCAGUGGAAGAGAGGAAGGACCUUCUCUGGCAGUACCUGGGGGAAGCUGUGAGAGAAGAACUGAGCUGCAGGGGAGAUGACCUGCAACGUGACCCAGAGGCCUCCAUCAGGCUCCUCCGAGAAGUCUAUGGGGAGAAGAGGAGCGUCUCCCAGCUAAUGGCGCAACUCCAAAUGGUUGUGCAGGGCCAACACGAGUCGGUGAGGGCCUACUCGCACCGCCUGCACAGGGCCUUCAAGGCCCUUGUUGCCAGACAGGGCACCCUGCAGGUCCCUCAGACGAAUGCUGAGUUCCUAAGGGACCAGUUUAUGGAAAAGCUGAGCCAGUCCUCAGUCAGACGUCAGUUGCAAGAACUAGUUUUCAGGGACCCUAAGAUCCCCUUCCUGGCCAUAAGGGAUGCGGCCAUUCGAUGGUCUGGAGACGAGGACCCCGGGACAGAACCUGCCUAUGUGGCAGCUCUACAUGCCCGCCCCAAGGAAGAACCCACCCUGCCCAGGUCUAAGCUGGAAGACAGGGUGGACAAGCUCGCAGAGCAGCUAUCGGCUCUGUUGACUCAGUUGGCACAGAACCCUCAAGUGUCAUCUAGCCGAAGGGUACCCCGCCGACGUCCAGAGGCGGAAACAAGAAUGUGUUACAAUUGUAACCAGCAAGGUCACCUCGCCCGCAAUUGUCGAAACUCAAAGAAGCAGGAGGCCGCAGUGAUUCAGAGUCUUACUACUGCUGGUGGGCAGAGCCCAAGCUCCACCAUUCACAAGCUGGCUGGACAGUGCCCCACCCUGACUGUGUAUUUACAAGGUGUACCGGUGACGGCCGUUAUAGAUAGUGGCUCACAAGUCAGCACGGUCACUGAAACAUUUUGUAACAGGAGCCUCAAGAACAUUAUCCUAAGAACAGACACACCCCUGUCCUUGAGGGCAGCAAAUGGGUUGGCCAUCCCAUACAAUGGCUAUUUUAUUACUGACCUGGAGAUCAACAAGGAAGAAAUACGCGACAAGGGGUUCCUUGUGAUAAAGGAUCCAGUGGGUGGCUCAUCAGCUCCCCCCUGUUUGUUGGGCAUGAACGUUCUCCAGGACCUGACCACAUUGGCCCACCUGAUCAAGCCCCCAGGGGUGACACCGAAGGUAUGGCGAGGGGACAAGGUCCUCCGCCCCCGCGAAAGGACUCUGGUGUCUGCCAAGAGUGUACCAACCAUUCAGGCGACGAAAGGAGACCCCGGAAUGAAGGACGACAAGGUGGUACAGCCAUUAGACCAACAAUUUCACCCAGAUCCGUCAGUGGUAUCAGGCCCAACAUCCUGCCUACGCGCCAGCAUAACCAGUAUAAAGGUGGACCAAUCUGAGGAACUAGAGGCAAUGGUUCCACCUAACCCAUCCUUAAUUAAGGCACCGGGUGGUGGUGCUGGGGGAUGCCCCCAGACAGAGUCGAGCAAGAAGGACAAGCAGGUCAAAAAGGCACCUGUAGCUGAACUGGCCAUAGGCGAUCUGGUCCUUCUGAGACAACCCCCACUAGGCAGACGCAAAAUGGCAGACCUGGACGACCCGACAGUUUACGUCGUGGUCGAAGUACCUCCGAUCACCGGCGGGUGUUACGCCAUUAAAAAGAAAGAUGGCCCUUCUGGCACCCGCCGGGUGGCCAGCACCCAGAUCAGGAGAUAUGUGCCUCCCCGGGCUCAACCACCCUCCCCAAGGCCGGUCAAAGUGAUACCGCCGGCUACUCCAGGCUACAGCCACAUAAUUUAUAAGGUCCAAUUGCCGGGGACCAGAGCAGCCGGUAACCCCACAGUACCUGACAUACCUCUGCGUAGGUCGGUCAGGGAGCGCAGAGUCCCUAGUAGGCUAGACUUGUGAUUGUGCCCUGUGGGCUGAUUUUUUUGACAAUGUUUUUUUGUAAAAUUUAUGAUCGUGCCCUGUGGGCUGAUUUUUUUGCAAGUUCUUUUGCAAAGUUUUGUUUUUUGUAACAUGUAUGUUUAUGCCCUGUGGGCUGAUUUUCUGGCAAAGAUUGUUUUUUUGUAAAAUUUAUGAUUGUGCCCGGUGGGCUGAUUUUUUUGCAAGUUCUUCCUGCAAAGUUUUUUUGUAACAUUUAUGAUUAUGCCCUGUGGGCUGUUUUUUUCAAGUUUGUUAGCUUGCGGUGACCGCAAGCUUUAGGGGGCGUGUAUGUGAGCGGCUGGAGUGUAUUUUUAUUAUUUGUAACUUAGAAGGCGAAUGUAUCGUUUCGUUUCAUGUCGUAAAUUGUUCGUAUUUUUUUUAGUCGUGUAGUCCCGUAUUAUGGCGCCGCUGUCUCACUGUUUAUGUCCCUGGUUAUAGCUAGUUUAUAUAUAUUUCGUUUAUAUUGUUGUCAUUGUUUAUAGUAAGUGUCUUUUUAUAAUAUUCUGUUGCAUGUUUCGUCGUGUUUGGUUUGUUAUCCGUGAAUUAGGGACUAUUUGUUUACGUGUAGCGUGUGAGGUGUGUGGAAGUCGGUUUCCGGCUUGUUCAACUCUGUCUUUUGUGUGGAAAGCUGCGGUGAAGGGAGCAGGCAGUCUCUCUGGUCAUCGGGUGAAAAGAAUAGCAAAUUCGCACCAUCCAGCCAUAUUUAUUUUGUGUUUGUGUUCGUCGUAGUCCUGGACGUAGUCCGAAAUUGGGUGUUGUGUUUGAUGUAAAAAGUUUGUUUCGUUUGGUUCUGUUUUGUGUCAGUUUAUAUCUAUUCUUUUUUUAUAACUUUUGGUUCCAUGCAAUAAAUUUUAUUAACUGUAAAAGUUUUUGUUUUA